AUGGACCAACCAGGCAUAAGACAAGCAGGCCAAAGCAAAACAGACAUGAAUCAACCAGUUAUGAGCCCACCAGAUGAAAGUCCAUACAAUACAAAAGAACCAGGGCCAAGCCAACCAAAUAUCAACCAUCCAAGCAUGAGUCAACAAGGCAUGAACAAACCAGAUGUGACAAGACCAGAUGCAAGGCAACCAGAUAUGAACCAACCAGGGCCAAGCAUGGACCAGCCAGUCAUGAGCAAAACCAGACAUGAGUCAACAAGGCCAGGCACUCCUCCUCCCCAACAUAAAGCAAACGGACUCACAACACUUGGGUUCAGCAUAUCCAGCAGAUCACCAGAAAUGUGGCAAAUAGACCAAAGCAAUCAGGGAAUGAGACAAUCAGAUGUUGUCCAACGAGACACAAGCAAUGCUGGACAGAGACAACCUGAUACAUGGAAAACAGAUCCAAGUCCAGGAAUGAAACAACCAGAACCAUGGCAAUGGGAGUCAGGCUCUCCAAGCUUGAGACAAACAGAUGCAUAUCAAUGGAACCCGAGCAACUUAGGCAAAAAACAUUCAAAAUUCAUGGCAAACAGGCCUACAUCACCCAUCAUCAAACAUUUAGAAUUCAAAGAACCAAGUCCCACUGAACACGGUAUGAAACAACAUGACACAUCACAACCAGGCCCUCCUAGUCAAUCAGAUACACGACAAUCAAGCCUCAGUCAACCAGCCACGGCAAAUCUGGACACUUUUCAAUCAGACCUCAGUCAAUCAGGCAUGAAAGAAUUGGAAACAUGGCAAUCAGGCACCAAUCAACAUGGCAUUAAACAGUUGGAUUCAUGGCAAUGGGGUCCAACUCCCCAAGCAGGAAAACAAUCAGGUAAAUGGCCAUAGGCCUCAGCCCUCUAGGUAUGGACAAUUGGAUCAUGGCAACCAGGCCCAAAGCCACUGGGCAUGAGAUAUUCAGACUCAUGUCCUGGGGGUCCAAGCCACUCAGCCAUGAGACACUUAGAUUUAUGGCAACCAAGCCACAGCCAGUCAGGCACAAGACAAUUGGAUACGUGGCAAUCAAGUCCCAGCAUCCCUGGUGUAAGACAAUUAUCAUGGCAGCCAAGCCCCAGUUGCUCAAGCACAAGACAAUCAGAAAAUGGUACCCCAGUCACAGCAACCCCAGACUGAGGACAGACAGAUACUUGGGAACCAAUACCAAGGCAAUCGAAGACAAUGCACUCACGCAAACUGGAUACAUGGCAAGAAGGCAUGGAACCUAUGAGACAAUUCAACCAGAAACCCACUCCAUUAGAUAAAAGCCAAACCAGAGAACACCCAACCAGGCUAGGAGAAACAACACCAUCAGAUACACCAGAGCCAAGCCCAAGCCAGCCAGAGACAAAACCGCCCAUCCAGAUACGACCAGCCAAUAGAAUCAAUUCAAAACAAGGAAUGCUCCAAACCAUGAGAAAGACAAACUCUGUUUCCUUUCAAAAUAAGACUGCUGAGCCUCAAGACUGCCCAGAUAUCCUGCGACUGAUCAAAGAAUUGGCUUCCUAUGAAGGUAUGCAAGGAGAAGUAACAUUAACAGAAAUGGAUUUAUUCAGGGAUGGUUUUGGAGAAAAUCCACUUUUCUACUGCCUAAUUGCUGAAGCACCCAGUCAAAAGACAGAAUGGGAAGUAAAUACUAUUGGAUUUGCCAUGUACUACUACACAUAUGACCCCUGGAUUGGUAAAACACUUCACCUAGAGGAUUUUUACAUCAGUGAAGAUUACCAAGGUCUGGGUAUUGGGGGUGACAUGCUGAAGAAACUAAGUCAGAUAGCCAUCACCACCCACUGCAGUGCCAUGCAAUUUCUUGUCGUCAUUUGGAAUCAGGAUUCUGUUGAGUACUACAGUCGCCUAGGGGCUUUAGACCUUUCCUGUGAGGAAGGCUGGCAUUUGUUCAGAUUUAACAUCGAAGAUCUCCUGGAACUUGCAGAGGAAGAAUGA